AUGGCUGAAUAUGAAACUUGCAUUUUUGGGCUAAAAAUGGCUUUGGAAAUGGAGAUUAAGGAUUUAAUAGUGUUCAGUGAUUCCGAUUUGCUCGUGCAUCAGACUCUCAAAGAGUGGAUCACUUGGGAUUCAAAGAUCGUGCCUUAUCAUUGUAGUUUAUUGAAUUUGGCAAACAAAUUUAGGAGUUUGGAGUUCAGGCAUAUUCCAUGUGCCAGAAAUGUCUUCGACGAUGCUUUGGCCACCUUAUCUUCGAUGAUUCAACAUCCAGACGAGUUGGUAAUUGAACCUAUCCACAUUCACUUGCAAGAAAAACCUGCUCAUUGCCUAGUUGUGGAAAAAUCCCCCGAUGGCCGUCCCUGGUACAGUGACAUUAAGGAAUUUCUCAAAACAGGGUCCUACCCUCCUGAGGCCGAUAUGACUGCCAAAAGCUUCUUGCGCAGAUUAUCAUCUAAAUUCUUCUUGAAUGGAGAAGUGGUAUACAAAAGAACGUCAGAUUUGGGCCUUCUGAGGUGUGUUGAUAAGGACGAAGCAGAGUACUUGAUGAAAGAAGUACAUAGUGGAGUAUGUGGAUCACAUAUGAAUGGCCACUUGUUAGCAAAGAAGAUCAUGAGGACCGGAUAUUUUUGGCUUACCAUGGAGCAUGAUUGUGUAGUUUUUGUUAGGAAGUGCAUCAAAUGUCAAUUGCACGGAUAUGUUAUACGCACUCCCCCCCCCACAGAAUUGCACAGUAUGACUGCUCCUUGGCCAUGUUCAAUAUGGGGUAUGGAUGUGAUUGGAGCCAUUGACCCUCCCGCUUCAAACGGGCAUCGAUUUAUUUUGGUGGCAAUUGAAUACUUUACCAAGUGGGUUGAAGCUGAGUCUUAUAAGCAUGUGAUUAAGAAGGUGGUGACGGACUUUCUAAGAAAACAUAUCGUUUGUCGUUUUGGAGUGCCGGAGACAUUAAUCACUGAUAAUGCCAAAAAUCUCAACAAUGACAUGGUAGAUGGUUUGUGCAAACAGUUCAAAAUCAAACAUCAAAACUCCUCUAUUUAUAGGCCAUAG